AUGAAGCUGUUUGACCAGAAGAGUCAGGAUCUGAAACAGGAGCUCCUCUGCAGCCUGCAGGAUGACGGCACACAUCAGACCAGUUUGUGCUGUUUGGGUGGGCAUGGUGGUGCUGUGCAGCAAGCUGAGCUGCAUGAAGGCAGCUUCCAUCUGCAGCAACGCUCAGGCUGGAUGCCACUUCCUGUCUCUGGCCAACCUGUUUGACCGAGUCAUUCAGCACUCGGCCAGGAUGCACGGCAUUUCAAACGACCUGCACUCCGAAUUUGAGCUUUACUUCCUGCCCAGUAAGAACCAGGUUGGCCGGGUCACUCGGAACUGUCACACAUCCAACAUCCUUACCCCAAAUGGCAAAGAAAAUGCUCAGAGGAUAGCGAGGGAGGAGCUGACGGAGGUGAUCCUGAAGCUCCUGCUGGCCUGGAGAGGUCCUCUGUGGCACCUCCACCAGAGUGUGGCUCAGAACCACGACUUCAACAGGUUCAGCUCCAAUAAGUCCCUGGAGAUGAGGGACAUGGUGCACGAGCUGCACAAAGGAGUACAGAAGGUGGUUGAAAAGAUGCAGACGUUGGGAAUCAUCAGUACCUCUGUGGGCAGCCUGGCUUCUCCUGAGGCCUUCCUGACCUCGGAGAGCUCAGAGUGGCGCUUCAUGAAGGACUACGACCUCCUCUACUGCUUCCGCCGAGACUCCAACAAGAUCCAGAACUACCUGAAGAUCCUCAAGUGUCGGAUCGUCCCYGAACACGGGUGCUGAGAGACACAACAGACACUGUUCAGUCUGAAAUGAAAAGGAUUUGUUUUAAAACAAGAAAGAAAUAAAGUUUGUGUAACUCUUCAUUUCUGUCAUAAAUAAAGACCGACUGGGAAACAA